AUGGCCUUCAACGCCAGAAAUAUCCAAUAUAACCAAAAAGAGCCUUCGUUUCUCCGCAAACUGCGAGGUGAAUUUGGUGGACUCGAUGGAAGGCACAAUGUCCAAAUCGCGCGACCGAAGAAGGACAGACUUAAGACCGGGGAUGGUGAUGAAGACGAUCCAGUAAUCGUGGAUGAGCAAGGUGAGAGAGUUGAAAAGGGAGAAUUUGAGCGAAGGAUACGAGAGGGCGAUCUGUCCGGAAACCAAGGCGGCAAGGAGCCAGGAGCAGAUCCCGAAGCCGACCGGAACAAUGGGAAGCAAGAAAAACAAAAGGUGGUAGAGAUUGGUGCCUCCGCCAAUGCGAAGAAGAGAAAAGCGGGAAAAGUAGUUGGUGCCGACGACGAGGACGGAGACGGCAAAGUUGGCGACACAUCAGAGGAGACAGCCCAGAGAAAGAAUGACGACGGCGAGGCUUUCGGUUCAAAGAAGAAUGAACCUGGUACCGGAAAGAAGAAAGGAAAGAAGAUCAAGUUGUCAUUCGACGAACCGGAUGGAUAG